GUAGCAUUCUUUCUUUCCCCUUCAUUCACAAAAAAUUAGAAUAAUGCGUUCUACUCUUAUAUCUCUUGCCUUGGUUGCUACUUUUGCUCUUGUUUCUGCUCUUCCCAGUAACACCAAUGCUGAUGUUGUUAGACGGGAUACUACUCUUGCCAAAAAGUCUACUGCUGGUGCCAUCUAUCGUCGUGCCUUGAACAGAGAAGUAUCCAGAGUUGUCCGUCGCGAUGAAAACGAAGACGAAAACGAAGAAGAAGAAGAUGAUAAAGGUGAUGAGGAUGAGGAAGAGUCAUCCUCCCACGAACGUCGUGAUAUCGACGAAAUCCUCGAAGGUAUCUUUGAUAGUUAACUGUAUCUCAAUCCAUUCUAUACAAUUUGAAAUAAAUGAUAAUAAAGCUCUCAUUUUCAUAAUUUUGUUUCUUAUGUCUAUAAAUUAUAUAAACAGAAGAAUGAACAUUUAAGAAGCAAUGACUGUAUAUCACAUAAAGCAAAAAAAGAAGGAGGGAUCAAGAAUAAGUUGAUAUUGUAUUUUCACGAUAGACACACAUUAGG